CACACGGUAAAACGGAAAGUCAUUGUUGGUUCCUUUUGUAUGUAGGCAAUUUAGCAGAAAUCCGCCUUAUUUAAACAAGCGAGCUCAAUCGAAACGUGUCGAAAACAUUCCUUCAAACGUGUGCUCCGUGUUUGGGCAUAGAAAUCGCUUGAAAUCUAGAAACUUGUGCAGCUCUCAGCACUAACUACAAUGGAUCGUUUGUUGCGACUUGGUGGCGGCAUGCCCGGAAUGAGCCAAGCACCACCUCCGUCGGAUGCACCGGUCGUGGACACGGCCGAGCAGGUGUAUAUCUCAUCGUUAGCUCUCUUGAAGAUGCUGAAACAUGGCCGUGCUGGAGUUCCCAUGGAAGUGAUGGGUCUCAUGCUAGGUGAAUUUGUCGAUGACUAUACCGUGCAGGUAAUCGACGUGUUUGCUAUGCCACAAACUGGUACCGGCGUGUCGGUUGAAGCCGUCGAUCCAGUGUUCCAAGCGAAAAUGUUGGACAUGUUGAAGCAAACCGGUCGCCCGGAAAUGGUUGUGGGAUGGUACCAUUCUCAUCCCGGGUUUGGUUGCUGGUUGUCGGGCGUAGAUAUCAACACGCAACAAUCGUUCGAAGCCCUUUCCGAACGUGCCGUGGCCGUUGUCGUCGAUCCUAUUCAAUCGGUCAAGGGAAAGGUCGUGAUCGACGCGUUCCGGUUGAUCAAUCACAACACGCUGGUAUUGUGCCAGGAGCCGCGACAAACGACAUCCAAUUUGGGCCAUUUACAGAAACCAUCGGUGCAGGCACUGAUCCAUGGGUUGAAUCGUAACUACUACUCGAUCAGUAUCAAUUAUCGAAAGAAUGAGCUGGAGCAAAAGAUGCUCUUGAAUUUGCACAAGAAAUCAUGGAUGGAUGGUUUAACGCUGGCCAACUAUCAGGAACACUGCAGUAUCAACGAAAGCACCAUUAGCGAAAUGUUGGAACUAGCGAAGAAUUACAAUAAGGCUUUGGAAGAUGAAGAGAAAAUGACUCCCGAGCAGCUGGCUAUCAAGAACGUUGGCAAGCAGGACCCGAAGCGGCAUCUGGAAGAGAAGGUCGAUACGCUCAUGUCGAACAACAUCGUACAGUGUCUUGGCGCGAUGUUGGAUACGAUUGUGUUUAAAUAAUGUUCAACAUGCCGGUGGAAAUCGAAGCUCAAUAGCUUCUUCUUCAGCUUAAGUACGUGGAAUCGUGCAAAUCUGACACGGUUUCGUGAUUGUCCCUUAUUGUAUGAUGCGUUUUGAUCUUGUUUUUUUGUGAGGAAAGGCGGUCUCCGCACAGCCCUUCCAACCCACUGACAUAUUUGUGUAAUUAAAAGGAACACAUCAUUGUUUCGGGAAAAUCA